AUGACAUUUUUUCCAGCUAUCAAUAAGUUUCACAUGAACAAGAUCUUAAAAUCAAUGAGACAUGCAGAUCAAGAAACAUAUUGCUGGUGGACAAUUGAUUGCCUCAACUUGAUGGAUGAAAAGACUGGAGAGCAUAGCUUCACGGCUCAUUAUCACAUCAUCAAAUCAACAUUUGAGAUACUUGUGAACGCCCUCAGAAAUACUGCAGCAUAUGCAAGGUCUGAUCGUGAGCAAGAUAAUGUCUGCAGUGUUUCCAGCAGUAAUACAGAUCUUAAUCAUUUGAAGGAUGUUGUUGGAGCCAUUGAUGACAAGCUUAUACAAAUUCAAAAGCCAAGCAUAGAUGGAAGCUUUUGUGAUGCUAGAGUCUUUAAACUAGGUCAGCUCAUGACUCUGUUUUCUAGCAGAGGCACUACCCUUCUACAAGCAACACAAGGAAGAAGAGAAAGGAGAGUAACAAGAGCAACACGAGUAGCAAGACCAGAAAGAGUAAUCACAGAAACGAGAGAAGUGAUAGCAGCUUUUAUCACGUCUUGUUGUAUUCUACACAAUCUGUAUAUUGAUAAUGGAGACUAUAUUACUGCAAACCCAAAGGAUGAUGCAGAUAUUUAUAGAUUCCUAGAUAUCUAUGUAAAUGAUGAGAUAUCUUUAUCAGUUGGGCCACUGAAUGAUACUGAUGUUUCCCAACAUUUUAUUUCGAACGACUUUCCCACUGAAUUAAGCCUCAAUAAUUGUUUGAGGCAGCUGAAAGAGCAUGGAAAAAUAAAAAGAAAUGAAGUUAUGUACAGCUUGUAA